AUGGCCGCAGACUCGGCAUCCAGCGCUGACGCCCGAUAUGCCGAGUCGAGAGGUAGCAGCGAGAAGAAGACGACCGAUGGCAUGCUCGACGCAAAGCAUGUGGCGGCGGCCAAGGCAACCAAUGGCGACGGCGAGGCCGCCGUCUACUACACUGGAUGGCGCCUUACCGCCGUCAUGGCCACCAUCAACCUGACCAUCCUCAUUGCUUCCUUAGAUCUGGGCACUGUAGCCACAGCUAUUCCGGCAAUCACGAGGGACUUCAAUGGUUUGGAAUACAUUGGCUGGUACAGCGGCGCAUGCUUCCUCCUUGUCGGCAGUAGCAGUGCUUUGUCGGGUAAGCUGUACAAAUACCUAUCUGCACGAUACGUGUUUAUGGCGGCACCUGGCAUCUACCUCGUGGGCAGUAUCGUGGCCGCGGCAGCGCCCAACGGCAUCGCAUUGGUCGUGGGAAGAGCUCUGCAAGGUCUUGGUUGCUCAGGAGCGAACUUCCUAGUUCUCUUCUACCUUCCAAUCUACUUUCAGGAUGUCAAGGGCACAUCGGCCAUCACCAGCGGUGGUAUGAUGGGCAAGACCCGCAUGAUCCACCCUUUCACCAUCACCAGUGGCCUCGUCACAACUCUCGGCGCGGCUCUACUGUGGUCCACGGAUGUCAACGCCUCCAACGCAUGGUACAUCGGAGCGCAGGUGCUAUUUGGUCUCGGCAUUGGGCUCGGCAACCAGGUUCCAGUCACCGUGCUGCAGGCAUCCGCUUCAGCGGAAGACGUCGUGGCAACAACUGGCAUCAUUUCCACAACUAGUGCGGUCCUGAGCUCCGGAGCAGGAGAGCUACAGACCCUCUACAACGGUUCGCAGUUGGACCAGGUGCGCAAUGCGUACAUGGUUGGAAUAAAGGACGUGUUCGUCUUCUGCGUCGAUGUGUCGGCCGCCACCAUCUUUGCCGCGCUGCUAGUGCCUUUUGUAAGGAUGCCUGAGACCGAGACCCCGAAGUUGGAGGCACAGGAGAAGUCAGCGGAGACAUAG